AUGGAUGAGAUUGCAGAUGCCUCCCAGCUGAAGCGAGCACUCGAGGAUGGACAUAUUCGGGGUUCUACCAGAUGCUACAGAUGCAAGACCAAAAGACUCAAAUGUCAAUAUGAAUUUCCUCAAUGUUCCAAUUGCGUGGCUGCAGACGAAGAGUGCUUCGCCUGGAUCAAAGGGCUCUCCAAUCCUAUUCCUCGAAGCCUUAUAUGUCAUCUUGAAAAGCGAGUUGCAGAACUUGAAAUCGAACUUUCCCGCCUCUCUCACCAUCCAACUCUCGAGGAGUCUGAAGCGCAAGCAUCAAAUCUCGCAAAGUUUGCAGCAGCACCUUUUCUGAAGGCAAUGGAACAAUCGGAAAACGGGAAAGUAACGAAUUUCUCUUUCCUCUACUUUCGAUCAAGCAGCUUACCUCCUCCCUUUGACUCAAUAAUAAGCAAUUCAGAAAGAGGGAACAUGCACAGUUUUCUGAAACACCAUUCACCUGUCGACCUCCUUACCAUACCCAGAGAUGUGGUGAGGAUCCUGAUGGAUAAUUAUAUUAGUAUCCACCAACCACAAUAUCCAAUAAUAUCAAUACUAGAGCUAAAAGAUAUUGAAACAAAGGUUUUUGAUUCUUCGGAUAAAGCCACAUCGUUUGAUAUUGCUGUAAUUUCUAUUGCACUUGCAAUAUCUGCGGCAACUCUUACACAUAAGAGCGAAAAGAAAAGCUUAUCAUCGUCUAGUGUCUUAUUUUCGAGAGCAAUGUUAGAAGUCACUAGAAUACUCUGGGCGAAUAAGCUUCAAAAGCUUCAGAUUACCUUACUGAUCGCGCAUUAUGGCUUUGCAAACCCGUAUGCGGCUGAUGUAUGGUACUCAAUUCGGGAAUGUUUGAGAUUGUCACUUGAUCUUGGACUUCAUGUGGACUUAGAUUCAACCACGAGUACCAUUAGAGACAUCGACUAUCAUCGACGUCUCUUUAUGGUUGCGGCAUCCAUGUCUCGUCAUCUUAGCGCGGUUAUCCGAAUAUCUUUCCCAAUCCCCACAUCACUUAUAACAGUUGGCAGUCCAUCUACAAUUGAUGAUUCGUUCAUUGCUGUAGAUCGUAUCGAUCAGUCAGGACCUCGCACCAAAGCUGCAGCUUUACAUUUUUUCCAAUUCAGGUUAUAUGAAACUGAAGUUCAUGAAGUCUUAUGGCUUGGAAGAGACAUCAGUCUGUCGCUGGAUGACUGGUUCAACCAAAUGGAGACGAAUCUGGAGAAGUGGUACUUGAAAGCUGAAGAAUUUGCAAAAGUAAACCAAUUAAGAUUUAGAUUGAUCUGCAAAGCAUCGUUACAAACUCGCUUACGUCGGCGAACACCUCGAAACUCUAACCCACCUCGCUCAUCCUAUGUUAAGUUAGUCAACUCCCUCAUGUUGUUGAUUGACGAGUACUUACGAGACACGCGAUCGGGGCAAGUCUUUUAUCUACUCAUGGGAGUGUACUAUGUUGAAGAAGCCGCAGUAAAUCUUGCUGAUGUUAUGUGGAAUCAAGCUCACUGGAUACUGGAAUAUUUUACUUAUGAUCUCCUUGCAUCGAAACUCAAAGGCGCAGUUCAAUUACUCGAAAGGUUUGCCGCAAGAUGGCCGGAUAUACAUGCAGGGAAAAUGGUCGAAACUUUAUCGCAGCUGGAAAAUAAUGUAUCAAGCCGGCUCCGCUCUCUUUCCGAAAAAGGCAUAAAUUCAGAAAGUGUACAGGAUACACGCGAUGAAGAGAUAACUGGUCAAAUAGAUCAACUGCUCUUUCCUCAAAAAGACAUCCCUCAUGUGGAAGAGAACUUGAUUGAAUAUCAUCCAGCUGAUGAUAGUUUCAUACAGUCAGAGAUUGGUAUGAUGGAAAACCUGUCUUACUCAAACAAACAGUCGAAGUGGAACGAUAAUUUCAAUAUAGGCAGUUUGCCUAACUUGGAAGACUAUGUUCAAUUUGACGAUUGGUUGUGA